AUGAGCCCUCCAUACAAAGUUGCGGAUAUCAGUCUUGCUGAUUGGGGCCGUCGAGAGAUUGAGAUUGCCGAAAAUGAGAUGCCAGGACUUAUGAAACUGCGUACCAAGUAUGGCCCUACUCAGCCCCUCAAAGGAGCUAGAAUUGCCGGUUGCUUGCACAUGACUCUUCAAACUGCCGUUUUGAUUGAAACCUUGAUCCAUCUUGGUGCCAAGGUCCGUUGGUCAUCAUGCAAUAUCUUCAGUACACAGGAUCAUGCUGCGGCAGCUAUUGCCAAAACUGGUGUUCCCGUUUUCGCCUGGAAGGGUGAAACUGAAGAGGAAUACGUCUGGUGUAUGGAACAAACUCUUCAGUUUGAGGAUGGUCCCCUGAACAUGAUUUUGGAUGAUGGAGGUGAUCUGACAAACCUCGUUCACGACAAAUAUCCUCAUCUCCUUGCCAAUAUUAAAGGUGUUACUGAAGAAACAACAACAGGAGUUCACGCUCUCUACAGACGUCUUAAGGAUGGUAAACUUAUGUGUGCAGCUAUGAACGUCAAUGACUCCGUCACUAAGAGCAAAUUCGACAAUCUUUAUGGUUGUAGGGAGUCAUUAGUUGACGGUAUCAAGCGAGCAACUAAUGUUAUGCUUGCUGGGAAAACUGCUUUUGUUGCCGGAUAUGGAGAUGUAGGAAAGGGAUGUUGUCAGUCACUUCGCUCCUAUGGUUGCCGAGUCCUUGUCAGCGAGAUUGACCCUAUCAAUGCUCUGCAAGCUGCUAUGGAGGGUUAUGAAGUGACCACAAUCGAGGAGGCUGUUAAGGAGGCACAUAUUUUUGUCACAGCAACUGGUUGUCGUGAUAUUAUUGUGGGCAAACAUUUUGAGCAAAUGCGCGAAGAUGCCAUUGUUUGCAACAUUGGCCAUUUUGAUAUCGAAAUUGACGUUGCCUGGUUGAACCAUCACUGUGCUGAAAAGGUGGAAAUCAAACCACAAGUUGAUCGAUAUCUUAUGAAGAAUGGUCGCCAUAUUAUAUGUCUUGCUGAGGGUCGUUUGGUCAAUUUGGGUUGUGCUCACGGUCACCCAAGCUUUGUCAUGUCAAACUCCUUUGUAAAUCAGGUUCUUGCUCAGAUUGAGCUUUAUUCUAAACCUGGACAGUAUUCAAUUGGUGUAUACAUGUUGCCCAAGAAGUUGGACGAGGAAGUUGCAGAGGCUCAUUUGGAGCAACUCGGUGCCAAACUGACAAAACUGACUAAAGAACAGGCCGAAUAUUUGGGACUUCCUCGCAAUGGACCUUUUAAGGCUGAUUAUUAUCGCUACUAA